AUGGCCUACAAGGUCAGAUCUGCGCCCGUGCGCGAGGCGGUGGGCGGUGGUGGUGGCACUGGAGCUGGCGCGUGCUGGAUUCGAGUUGAAGCAGCUGGCACGACCGGUCGAGCCCGUGACCUUGGCAUGGCCAUGUCGGGCCCCGACUCGAGUGCAUAG